AUGGACGACCUCUCAGUACAGGUUGAUAUAGAACCUCCGACCCCAGGCACAGAUAUCGUCGCAGAAGAGGAUACCUUGAGUACUCCGGUCGCGCCUGUCCCUGUGCGCCCUUUGUCAUCCCUCCAAGAACGCAAGCUGGUCGAAUACCUGGAAGAGCAGUUCCUCGACGUCACUCGAAACUACAAGAAACGAUCAGACCCAUCGUCCUCGCUCCCCACGCUCGCAGCCUACCUCGAAGCCACCCACCGCCUCCUCUCGUUCAUCCUCCAAAUCCCCCCAGUCGACCCCUCGACCCCGCUCCGGACCGCCCUCCUCCUCCGCCUCACGAGCGAGGUCCUGCAGUCCAUCCCCGGCUACGCCCCCGACCCCAACACGCUCCCCGCGCUCCUCGCCUGGCUGCGCGACCUCGACGCCGGCUGGCUCGCCACCCUCCGCGCGGACGCGUGGGACUCGAACGCGUCCGCCGCGCGGCCCGCGCGCAUCUCUUCGCCGCCCCCGCCCGACGCCGGCGGUGAGGACGCGCUGGACGAGCGCCGGCGCGAGGCGCGGGUGACGCGGCCGAGCCAGACGGAGCGGACGCGGCUGCGGAGCGCGCUGCUCGCCGGCACGGACGCGCUCGAGGAGUGGCUCGAGCGGCUUGACGCGGGGGGCGCGGGGGAGGGGUUCGCAGAUGCGCUGCAGCGGGUGGGGCUCGAGCGGGAGUUCGACGAUCUGUUUGCGGGGACGCUGGCGGAGAUGGGGUCGUUGGCGGGGAGCGAGCCCGUGCCAAGCACAAAGGGGAUGUGUUGA